GCUGCAGCGGAGACCACCAUGAUCAAGGAGAAUCGUUGGAAUAUACCCCCCAAUGCCCCCGCAUGCAUGGAGAAGCAUCUGUGCGCGGCGCAGUACCGAGCAGAUGGCACCUUGUUGCUGGGUUCCUCCAGCCUGACCGGCAGGAGCUGGCAGGGCUCCGUGUGGAUCUACACCAACCCCGAGCAGGCCCCCAACGAGGGCUUCUGCAAAGCCGGCGUGCAGACGGAGGCGGGGGUCACGGAUGUCAAGUGGGUGUCCGAAAAGGGAGUGGUGGUGGCGUCGGAUUCGGGUGCCUUGGAGCUGUGGGAGCUGUCGGAGGACGAGCGCCUCCUGGUGAGCCGCUUCACCAAGCACGAGCACGAUCACAUCGUCAGCACGGUGAGCCCCCUGGCGGCAGCAAACAGCGUCGUCACCGGGAGCACGGACUGCAGAAUUAAAGUGUGGGACCUCAGCCAAGAGACGGUUGUCACUACGUACAGCGCGCACACACAAGCGGUGACGUGUGUGGCCGGCAGUCCAACAGAAGAGUCUCUCUUCAUCUCCUGCGGUCAGGAUGGCCGAGUGCUGAUGUGGGACGUACGCAAGCCCAAUAAACCAGCUACCCGAAUAGAAGCACCCGGCUGCGUGCCCACCACGGCGUCCUGGCACCCCCACCACAGAAGCACCAUUGCUUUCGGUGACGAACUGGGCAAAGUGACGGUCGAGGAUUUCCUGUCGACAGAGCCGCCUCGUGUGGAGAGCGUCCACCGGCGGCGAGUUACCGCGCUGGCCUUUUCUACGCACAGCGCCCCCUUGCUGGCCUCCAUCAGCGAGGAUUGUUCCCUCGCCGUUUUGAACUCGGACCUGCAGGAAAUAUUUAGAGAUCGGCGCCACCAGGACUUUGUCAAGGGCGUGUGCUGGCUCCAGGGUGGCGCCAAUAAACUCACCACUGUGGGCUGGGAUCACCUCGUGCUGCACCACACGGUGGAUCCACCAGGGGGCGCUCCCACCUCGUGUUAACGCAACAGGCUUGCUGCACAGGUGCAUCCCGAUGCAUGAGCACAUCGUGCAAAAGUUAGGCUCUCUAGACCAUUUGCUGAUUGGUUUUUGACAAUUUUUCACUUUUUUUUGUUUUUUACUAUCAUAAGUUCUUACAAAAUAUGGCCCUGAAAUAUUUCAGUGUGUGUAGCGAAUCUAAGAGUUGAACAACUGAAAUAAUCCAACUUUUCAAAGCUAUUGUCAUUUAUUGGGAAGCACCUGUGAUGAACAUUCCUACGUAGCAGCCGUCCACUCGCAUGCUCGCUCCAUCUACGUUUGGUUUGGAGUGUAAAUGUCAAAUCAGCACUUGUCUUGCAGCGUGCCAGAUGCAGCAACGUAAAACAUGUUCCCCCCCACCCUUUCUGAGUGACUGCUCCUCUGUAUUUAUUCUUUUGUAUCACCCGGCCAAUAAGACACCCGAGUGCAUCACGUCAUGGUUUUCCAACAUCAAAACACCUUUUAUUUUUUAUAGCUGUAAUAAAGGAACUUUCUGUAGCAAUGCCACGUCCUUUGAGUGCGUUUUUACCCAUUUACACAAACUACUACGUUAAAAAGGCUAUUUGGGCCUUCUGAAUAUUUUUAGUCGCGGAAAUAAGUUUCCUGCAUAGGGUGGCUGGAGGGUGAGGAGCUCGGUCAUCCGGGAGGGGCUCAGAGUAGAGCUGCUAAUCCAGUCGGGGUGGCUCGGGCAUCUAGUCCGGAUGCCUCCCGGACGCCUCCUGGUGUG